AUGCUUAGGAACAGUCUCAAGGCCAAUUUACUGUUUUUUCUGACCUCUGAAAAUUCCGCUUCAAAUUCUCAGGGAUUGCAGGAAAACAAUUUUGUUGACAUUGAAGUUGAGGUGGGUGAAGGUUUUAUUGAACUUGGUGAAAUGAUCACAGAAGCAAAUCAAAAUCUUCCAUUAGAGAUUGAAGUAUUGUCGACAAGUAUUCAAGAUCCAAUAUUUAACCUGCAUCCCGUAUUGUCGUCAAAUACGCAAGCUCCUAUAUUAAACCUUCAUUGUAAAGAGACACCAUCUGCCCAAAAACUAGUGAAUUUUGAAAAAGACCCAAUCGUUGCUUUAUUAGCUUUGGCUGUAAAUUCUGGACAAAACAGAUUUUCCGCGUCAGCUAAGCUUUCAGGUAAACUUUAUCAUCUUCAUCCUGAACUGGUAAAAGACGGUAUUGCUUCACUUUGUUCUACUUGCCACCGAAAUAUCAAAAGUAGUAAACCGAAAAUUCCAAAACUCUGUAUCGCUGCUGGUAUUGACUUUGGUCAUCCUGGUCGAUUAGGACUUCCACAGUUAACUCUCUCAGAAGAACUUCUUAUUUGCCGCAGUCGUCAAUAUGUCUCAAUUUUGAAACUUGACGGAUAUAAUGCUUCCGAACGACAAAAAGCAAAGGGUCACGUGAUUACGUACCCCCAACCAGAUGGCACUACAAAAUCGGCGGAACUUCAGAGAUUGAAUUCAAAUUUUGGAGAGUAUCCUCGAACGGAAAAUUUUGGUGAAUUUCUCUCGAUUUGUUUUAUCAGUUCUCGACUACAAUUCGACUCUUUAAUUCCAACUCGUUUCGGAGACGUCAAUGAACUGCGCGUCCGAGUCGAUGUUGUCUAUCUUUGGCUUCAUGCUCUUAAACAUCUCAACCCUUUAUAUCGCAAUGCUUCUAUCAUUGAAACAGAAGCAAUGCAUAUGAAGUUGCAAAAUAUUUUGGUAGAAUUAAUCGAAAAUGCUUCAAUAGUUGACGCAGAAACUGAAAUUCAAAUCGAUCGUUUGGUAACCCCAGAAGGAUUAUCUGAUGUGCCAACAGAUGAAAUUCAAGAUUCUGAUAAAAAUCCAGACAUGCCAUUGCCCGUUUCUCUCCUAACUCGUAGUUUGCCUGUAACUACGGACCAAACACAAUCUGUUAGGAUAGCUUUAAGGGGUCUUUUAGAAACCUUAGAUACAUCCGCAAACGUUAAUGUCCUACAUUCGUCCCAUGGAGAACCCCUAAAUUCCGAAAACGUGAAUGAAAGGAUUGACCAACAUAUAAGCCAGAAAGAUAACAAUAAUUUCCUUGCUGAUGGAACCGGCUUAUCAGAAGCAAUUCAAAAUAAUGUUGCAGUUUUUCAAGAAAUACCUAUCACUCCUCACCAUUUACGAUUUCUUUUGGCAAAAGGACCUCUUGCUGCUGCCGAAAUCUUUAGACUUUUAACCGAAACGGUUUUUACCACUCUGCUUGGGACCCCAACAGAGCAUUCUUCCAAAAAGACAGUGCCAUUACCGAGCAGAAGUUUUGGAGUUUUUGGUGUUCCGAUUGCCUCAUUUGGAUGUGUAGAAGAACAGGCCAGAGGUUCGCUACAUUUACAUGUAGUUUAUUGGGGAAGUUUGCCAUGCCAGCUCCUUCAAAAUUCAGCCAUCUAUCCAGAACUCUUAUGUACCGUUACCAAAGCAAUCGAUGAGAUGUUUAAGGCUGAAGUAGAUUUGGCAGUCCACGUAGAACAGUUAAUCGACAAAUUCAACGGAGUAAUGCCAAUUAAACCUUCGCUCUUAAAAGCACAUCAUCCUUUACUCAUUCGCAUACCUGUCACGUUGGAAAAUUUGGAAAAAUUGGCUGUAGAAUGCGUCGUGCGCAAACAAUGGUUAAGAGUACGAUGUGUACUCAAAUUGUGCCUGCUGAAGACAGUAACGGACAUCGAAGCUAUAAAUUACUUGAAGUAG